CAGAUCAAUGUCAAAUGUAAACUAAGAACAUUUUAACAGCACUUUUUAAAAUUAGUUGUAACAUACAAAGCAUGUGAAUGGUCAAAGUGGACCAUUUUGUAUGGAUCAUCCACUCUUUGACUAUCAACUCGUUUAGAACAUAAAUGAUUCAAAAAUAAGAGAAACUUCACAGGCAAGUUAAGAGCCAAUGAGAAUGAAGCUUCUUAACCCCUCUCUCUUUUUCUUCUUCAUGUUCUUUCCAUGUUCUAGAAGUUGUAGCUCAAAUGACAAAACUACUCUCCUCAAGAUCAAGAAGUCCUUAAACAACCCUCGAAUCCUCAACUCUUGGGACCCCAAAACCGACUGCUGCACCAACUGGACCGGCGUUGUGUGCACUCACCGCCGCAUCACCGGCCUCACUAUAUCUGCAGGAGACGUCGUUGGUCAGAUAGCUGAGGAGAUAGGAGACCUUACUGACCUCGUUAUCCUAGACUUGAGCAGUCUCUCUCGACUCAGAGGCACCAUUCCACGCUCUAUCACCAAGCUCAAGAAUCUAGUCUACCUUCGGUUUAGGAUAACCGAACUCUCUGGUCCAGUCCCUGAUUACAUCAGCCAGCUUCAGAACGUUACUUUCUUGGACCUCUCCUUUAACCGGUUCAACGGUUCAAUACCUGGUUCGAUUUCUCAGAUGCAGAGACUUGAGACCAUACAGCUCAGUCACAACAAGUUAACCGGUUCUAUACCGGAAUCUUUCGGUUCCUUUGUUGGAAAGAUCCCAAAACUCUACUUAGGUAAUAAUCACCUCUCAGGAGAAAUACCAAAGUCAUUAUCCAAAACCAACUUCAACACCGUGAGUUUGUCAGGAAACAACUUCAGUGGAGAUGCUUCAAUGUUCUUUGGACAUAACAAAACAACCGUAAGGUUAGACUUGUCUCGGAACAACUUCCACUUUGAUCUCUCAAAGGUCAAACUGGCCAAGAGCUUGGUGUCAUUGGACCUUAGCCAUAACAGAGUUUUCGGAGGGCUUCCUUUGGAGCUGACCAAGCUCCAACUUAACCAAUUUAACAUAAGUUUCAACCGUCUAUGUGGGUCCAUACCACAGGGAGGUCUGAUACAGAACUUCGAGGUCUAUGAGUUCUCCAACAACCUCUGUCUAUGUGGGGCGCCUCUCAAGCGUUGCUAGCCAAUCGAUCAAACACAUUUUGAAAAUGUACCAAGAAUAUUUUGUUUGUAAAUUCGUUUGAAUAUUCUCUGUUUCACAAUAAAAAAAAAAAGAAUAUUCUUUUAUAUUUUUUUAGUUUGCAAAUUAGUUUGAAUAUUCUCUUACAUUUUUUAGU